AUGAACAGCAAUGACAAGGAUCCUUCACAAAAUCUUUCAAGUCCAUACUAUCUCCACCCGGGAGAAAAUCCAGGGUUGGUUCUUGUCACUCCUCCUCUAAAUGGCACCAACUAUCACUCGUGGAGUACGGGUAUGAAGCGUGCUCUUUUGUUCAAGAACAAAGUGAAAUUCAUCAAUGGUGAUAUCACUAAACCAACACAAAAUGAAUCCAUCUUUGAUGCUUGGGAACGUUGCAACAUGAUGGUAAUCACAUGGAUAACAAACACUCUCACUCCACAAAUACGGCAAAGUACCAUUUAUAUUGAUAAUGCACAGAAACUGUGGGAAGAUUUAAGGGAGAGAUUUUCAAAAGGGGAUAAUUUUCGUAUUUAUGAUCUUCUCCAAGAAGUAAACUCUAUCAAACAGGGAGAACGAAAUAUUACAGACUAUUUCAUAGAUUUGAAAGUACUUUGGGAAGAACUUGAGUUUCUAAGGCCGAUUCCCAGUUGCACGUGUAACAUCAAAUGUAGUUGUCAUGUGAAUAAGAUUGACACUGAUUACAGGGAAUUAGAGUAUGUUAUGUGCUUUCUAAAGGGAUUGGGAGAAUUAUAUACAAAUGUUAGGACUCAAAUUCUUCUCAUGGAACCUUUGCCUAACAUCAACAAAGUUUUUUCGCUCAUUCUUCAUCAAGAAAGACAACUAAGUGGAAGUAGUUGUUCUGAUGUAAAAAUUCAUACUGAUAGCACUCAUCAACAACAACGGAAGUCGCAUGUUCUUGAAAAUUUUCAUUCCAAUACAUGGAAACUUCAUGGUAGAGUUAGAGGUAAAGGUAAAGGUAAAGGUAGAGCAGAGCAAUGUAGAUCUUUUCACAAAUUGUAUCACAUUGCAGAUGGAUAUUACUCAAAACAUCGAUAUCCACUAUGGAUGAAACAAAAGAACAAGAACGCUAUCAACGAAAUUGGUGCAGAGAAUAGUUUCAAUCAUGCUAUAGAAGAAAAUGAUCUGAAGCAUCAUCAAAUUGUGGUCAAUCAAACUAAUGAUUCUCUCACUGAUGAACAAAUUCAACAACUUCUAAAAUUUCUUCAAACAUCUGAAAUGAAAAUCAACCAAAUCAGUGUUGCUAAUGGUGAGCCAUGUACACAACAAAGCAAGAAAGAUUCAGAAUCUGAAUACAUUGAAGACAAUUGGUCAAAUUAG